GUUUGAAAUUGCCGGUAUAAAAGUAACCCGGUAAGGUUGUUCCGUUUGCCAGGUGUUCGGUAAUUUGUUGACUGGUAACUCUCGCUCAAGGUGAAAAUACAUUGAUGGUUAAACUAAUGACUGGAGUAAAGUUUACUAUUUGAUAUCACAUACUGUUUCGGACUACAAGGCUACACAUUUUUGUUUCACUUCGUACUGAGUUACUCCUCCAUGUGGCCGCACUUUUCAACAGUUGCUUGGACAAAGUCCCUUAUUCAUGGGCCUCCAGCAUCAAGCGUUGGAGAGCAAGUAAGUAAUUCAGACAGUUGGGCUGCACUUGCUAAGCAGUGGGCUAAUCAGCGUAACAGUAAUAUGCAGUCCAAUUAUGCAAGUGAACUCGCUCCUCCACCCCCACCACCCCCACCGCCGCCACCGCCACCCCCUCCUCCUCCUCCUCCUCCUCCACCUCCUCCACCACCACCGCCACCACCACCACCACCUCCAGGUAUAACCCCAGAAUCUGCCCAGUUGCAGCCUGACACGGGUAGCAUAGUUCCCAAUGCGCCACAAAUCAGUACAGACCAUUCUUUAGUUCAGAAUCCUUCGGUCUGUGAGUUUAGAAACAAUGUGUUGCCGCAGGAAAUGCGACAAGCUGCCGGGGUCGCAGUUAUCUCCCAAUCUUCACAGAUUACACCUGAUGAUCCCCCACCUGCACGAAACGUGUGGUCUGCUCCCGAAAAUCCUACAUUUCAACAAAAUGCAUGGGCUAAAAAUGAUAAUCAUGUCUACUCUCAGGACAGAUGGCCCACACCUGGGAAUAUGUUGCCCCGAAAUCCAUGGUCUUCUGCAAAUUUUGCACGUCCACAAUGCACAUGGCCUGCAUAUGAAAACCACCCACCCCAACAAAAUGUCUGGCCUUCAUGUGACAACUCUGUAUCGUUGCGGAAUAGGUGGGAGGCACCUGAGAGUCAGUCUUAUGUCAACCAAUUUCCACAAACAUCUCAAAAUGUUGCUUCUGUGUCUAACUCUUCUGAUGAACAUCAUAAGUCUGGUAUUCGUCAGCUGACUCACCAUUCAUCUAGUGAAAUUGUAGAGGGCUCCUGUAGUCUUUCUGCAUCAUCUUAUGAGGAGCCAUAUUCUACCACGGGAAAUGCUUAUAGUCAUGCUACGCAGUAUCAAAGGAGGUGGGGUCAGGAUGAUGACAAGAAUUACAAUUACAACUCUCAUAGUUCAGGAGUCAAUGAUUAUCAUCAUUCCCACAAUAUUGGAAGACAGUUCAGUCAGUCUGCUACAAGACCUUUCAAUUCUUACAACGAGCCAAACCCUCGUUUUAGCCAGAGCAGUCGAGACAUGUGGCCGAGAAAUUCCGAACUUCGUCAACCUGUGGAGAGGUUUCCUCCACAUUCGCAGUUCAGUGAUUUACACCACUCGCAUGGUGACUAUUUCAGUCAAGUUGAAAAGGCUCCGCCUAGAUAUAUUUCUCCCACUAGGCCUCUAAAUUCAGAGGUAGAGAACGAUCAGUUCCACAGACAUCGUGACAAAGACUACCGUGUGACGCAAGAUCCUCCGGUUCAGUCGACGGUUGUAGGCGAUAGUUGGAGAGAUGUAGAUAUCCGUCCUGUUCAAGUUGACAAUACUAGUGAUACUAACCCAGCUAUUUUUCCCUCUGCAUCAAAUAAAUCCAAAGACGGACUGAGACCCGUUUCUCUUAUCCCCACUCCAAUCGAACUGGGGUGUAAACCAAGGGGACGCAAUACACAUCUACCUGUCCCGGAACAUUUAUUGUCAGCUUUCGAGGAGGCUGCCGCUAGUACUGGAGCUUGGCCUCCAAAGGGAUUAGAUCUGGAUCAAGCCGGAGGUCCUAAUGCUAAACCACGAGCUUUACCCGCUUGGCUUCGGGAUGAACUGGACAAGCUAGAGAAGAAAAAGGCUAAAGAAUUGGCAUCAGUAUCUAGUACAACUGUUUUAGGGGCUGCACCAAAUGCCAAAAGAGAUGAUGAGGGUGAUAUAGUUAUGGAGGAUGAAACUAAAGCUGAUUCCAGUAUUUUGAACCCUCCGUUACCAAGUAACAAUGAAAGAUCAGAUGAUGAUGAAUCCAAAGAGGGGGAGAAUCUUACUGAUGUGUCAAGUAGUCCCGUUAAUAACCAAGUUAGUCCUUACCCCCUUUCAUCACCUGGAAUUCAACUGGUUGAACCAUCGGAAGGCAGCAGAAGCCCUAAAACUGUGGUAAAACAAUUAGCUACAAUUAAUUCUCAAAGUAUUUUAUCCGAUGCUACGAAAUCAAUAACGCCUAUUCAUCCGUUAUCUCAUCAGGAAUUUUGUGAGUUAUUCGCUUCGUUGUUGGAUGAAGAACAAAGAGAUGAAACGGCUCGUUUUAUCACUCGCACAUUAACCGAAGCUUUGCUUGUUGUUACAACUGAACUGAUCGACGACAUAGUACAUGAGGCACUAACUUUGGAAGCUAAUUCAAGCAAAUCCGAUGACAGAGCACUGAAGAAAGACUCACCAGCUGUUGAUUCGCCAUAUCCCCUUUUAGGCUUAGUCUCAUACAAUACUGAAAGUGAGUCGGAUUCUGAUCAGAAAAUGUCGGGUCACAGGUCACGCCCCGAUUCUUUACCAGGUACACUACCAGUUAAUGAUGCUGAUGAUGUAAGGCUAGUUCUACAUCACAAGAUUGUGGUAAUAAUGAAGAUGAUCAAAGUAAGUUCCCGUGUUUUUGGGUUGACUGUUUAUGCAUACUACAGUCAAGCUUUCAGAAGUCCUGGUUGGAUCUUUCAAGUAGCUGCCAUGUUGUUCAGAAUCUCAGACAUCGUGACGUCUUUUAUAAACCAUAUUUACCGCCACAUUUCUAACUGUUCUAGUGAACGGUAAUAAACUGUCUUGCGUUAGCUCUAGUACAGUGUCAGGUGGCUAGUUCUGUUUAGAUUUUGUCUAUUCUUACCAGCACUUUAAUGUGAGGGGUGAGAUUCCUUCGAUUUCUUGUGGUAAUUGAACUAGUCUGAUCACUUAUAUAUGUCCAAACCAAGUUCACUUCCAACGGUUUGAAAGAAUUUGGGCAUUUGGUGUAUGUUAUUCAUUAUAAUAAAGGUUUUUUGUAUUUCCCAAUGAAUGAAAAAAUACAAAGUAAAAAAUAUCGUUUUGUUUUUCAUUCAUUGGGAAAUACAGAAAAUGUUUAUUAUAAUAGUCUGGUCAGUAUUUAAAUCUUUCCGAAACGGGUAAUGACGUUUCGCCCGUGUAUUUGAAGUCGUUUACUGAUAAAGUUCUAGGAGUCAAUUUUGUUGGCCAUAAGUUUUAAAGCUUUCAUUUAAUCAGGUACACGCAAACGUUAUGUUCUGUGCUAGGUAAACAACUUACGGAAUCCUUCGAAGUGAAGACGGGAGUAAGACAAGCUGGCUGCCUACUAUCGCCAAUGAUUUUCUGAUUGCAGUAGAUUGGAUAAUGCGACAGACAGCGGGCAACGGGAAAACAGGCAUAAAAUGGACCCACAAAAAAACUUGGAGGAUCUGGACUUCGCCGAUGAUGUAUGUCUGAUUUCCCACAAACACUGGAAGAUAUGCAAGUGAAAAGCAACGAGUUGGUAGAAGAAGCAUAAAAGAUAGGACUUCAGGUGAACGUUGAUAAAACAGAGGUGAUGAAGAUUUCUGGCCAACACCAACAGCCACAACAACAACAACAGACAACAAUCAGCCAGCAUAAAUGGGAGGAACCUGAAAGAAACAACCUCCUUUACCUACCCACCUGGGAAGCAGCGUUUCAACUACAGGCCAACGGAACUGAUGAGGAUAUCAAAGCCAGAAUCGGAAAAGCAAGACAAGCUUUUAUUACUCUCAAGUCUGUGUGGAGGUCAACAGCACUCACCUUCAAAAAUAAGGUCCGGGUUUUCAACUCCAAUGUGAAGUCAGUCCUCCUAUACGGAUCAGAGACUUGGUCAGCGCGUCAUAAAGAGCAUCUCAAAAAAACUUCAGAUCUUCAUUAACAGUUGUCUUCGCUCAAUACUGAAGAUCAGAUGGCCGGACAGAAAAGAUCAGCAACAGGGAUCUGCGUCAAUGAGCGAAUCAACCAGGAACCGAUUGUGAAACAAAUAGGCAGGAAGAAAUGGAGGUGGAUUGGAUUGUGGCCAUACUCUGAGAAAACCAUCAAGUGACAUCACUAGAUAAUCCCUCGAGUGGAACCCUAGAGGGAAGUGGCGAGUUGGUCAUCCUAAGGUGACUUGGAGGAGGUCAUGUGAAGAGGAGAUGAAAGCAUUUGGGCAGACUUGGAACAAGGUGAAAACUCUUGUAGAGAAUCGAAGGCAAUGGAGACGUGCAUCUGAAGCCCUAUGUUCCUCUAGGAAUUAAACGAAAUAAUAACUACAUACCUAUACAAUUAAACGACUAGAUGCUAUCCAUUCAUGGGAUUGUAGUUUUUCUAUGUAUGAGUUGAUCGCCAUUUCUUAUUAUGUUAGCUGCUAUUUUGAUAAAGAUUGACUAAUCGUCUUAAGAAAUCGAAAUCACAGCAUUGUAAUUGUCAGCGUUUGGAUUCCUCAUCAACUUCUGAAUUAUUCGAUGCAUUUUGAGUGAUUAUUGCUAAAAAAUGUAAUUAAGAGUAAAAUACGAGCAUUGAAGGAAUCUUAGAACACUAUUUAGGGAAGGAAAUAUGUAUUUUCGGUGAAUUCUCCGAAGGUUUUACAAUUACAUCAUAAAAUAUCAGUCAUAGACAUUUGAAACAAUGGGGAUCAAUAGAAUCAAAUAUAACCAAAGAGAAUGUAAGUAGAAUCAUAAUAAACUGUGAAACUGAGAUUAAAGUAUAUGACUAUAGCACUGUCAACUUCAUUAUCAAUCUCAUACUGUGCUAUAGUGGCAUGCUUUAACCUUCAUUUCACAAUCUGACGCUAUUUAAACAGUUAAUAUACUCCUUUAAACCGAGAUCGCAGUUCCAUUUUUGAUUUUGACUCAUGCCCGAAGUGCUUGCAGAAUGUAGCAUAAAUCCGUGUGUGAGUGUAGUAGCUUGUCACGUCAAAACCAACCAUUUUUCUUCUUUUUACAUUUAAAUUUUCUUUGGCCUUUGUUUAAUUUACUUAAAUUAGUCUAGAAUCUGGACAGCGUUUAGAUAGUUCAUGUGUUCCCGAGGUGAACUGCAGGCCUAAUAGAGUAUACACAUAGUGUUGUAGUUUUUACUAGGAUUAUUAAUUUUAGGCGUCAAAUUGAAUCAAUUCACCUCACCCAGUAAUCACCUUAUUUGACGCACUAGAUAGGAUUUUCUCAUCCUAAUCAUGACUGUGUGUACAGGUUUCUUAGACUGCUCACAUGUACCUGCUGCAAAACGUCAGAUGAUUUUGCUAAUAAAAUCUUAUUUGUCAUUAUUUCAUUGUGCCAUGUUUUGGCACCAGUCAAUGAAAUCUACAACAGUUAGUCUAAGCCACGUAGGGAAGUGCAGACUUCCUGGUUGGGGUCUUCGGGACAGUAAAAACCAAUGGUUGGAAACAAUUUGUGAUAUGGCUCAAAAUCGUUCUCAAUGGCUGGCGCAGAUGCAUCCACUCCUUGUGACAUGAUUUCCAAUGAAGCUAUAUUGUUCUUCGUUAUUACUAU